AUUUCUUAUAAUAAUUAAAUUAAUAAACAAGAAAAAAUUGAAAUUAUUUUAGUUAUCAGUUUAGCUAACGUCUCUUGUAAAAAUGUCGGAUAUUGAUCGUAUUAUAGCUGAACUGCAGCGUUUUACUUGGCCUGACUACGUGGUCUUCGUUGCUAUGUUUAUUUUAUGCAUUUUUAUUGGCAUUUAUUUUGGUUUCAUGAAAAAAUCCCUUAACGAAGCUGACUAUUUAAUGGGUGGCCGUAAUAUGUUAAUUUUACCGAUCGCUUUAUCUUUGGUUGCCAGUUUCAUAUCCGGUAUUACUCUCUUGGGUCUGCCUACGGAAGUUUACUCGUUUGGUAUCCAAUACACCUACGUUGGUAUGGGUGUCAUUGCGAUGGGCUUUGUUAUGGGAAUUUUCUAUUUACCGGUAUUUCAUGAUUUAAAUAUCACAUCAACCUAUGAGUACCUUGAAAGUCGUUUCGAUCGUCGUUUACGUAUGUUUGGUUCUGUUAUGUUUGCUAUAAUGAAUAUUGGUUAUCUGCCAAUUGUUAUUUAUGUGCCGGCACUGGCCUUCAAUCAGGUUACUGGGGUGGCAGUGCACACUAUAACGCCUAUAGUUUGCGUUAUAUGUGUGUUUUACACAAGUUUGGGCGGUCUUAAAGCAGUGGUGUGGACUGAUGUAGUACAAAUCAUUUCCAUGUUGGGUGCAUUGGUUUUAGUUGCUAUUAAAGGCACUCUAGAUAUAGGCGGAUUCAAAGAAGUAUUCACCAGUGCAUGGCAAUCGACACGCAUAGAGGCACCAGACUUAUCUGUAGAUCCUACGAUUAGACAUACUUUAUGGUCUCAGUUAAUAGGUGGCGUAAUUUAUUGGACACAGACUAACGCUGUCAGCCAGAAUAUGAUACAACGUUAUUUGUCUUUACCGUCGUUAAGCUCGGCACGUUGGGCUUUGGCCAUUUUUUGCUUGGGUGUCUUGAUUCUAAUGGCUUUAUGCGCCUACAAUGGUUUACUAAUAUACGCUACUUAUAAAGGUUGCGAUCCUUUAACAACUAAGUUAGCUAAGGCGAAGGAUCAGCUAUUACCUUUAUUCGUUAUGAAUACAUUGGGUGAAUAUCCGGGUUUAACUGGGCUUUUUAUAGCGGGCGUUUUCAGUGCUGCCCUUAGCUCAUUAUCUACCUGUUUAAAUUCGAUGUCUGCUGUAGUGUUGGAAGAUUUUGUUAAGCCAUUCGUUAGUACCCCUCUGUCAGCUAAAGCUAUUAACUGGAUUAUGCGUUCAGUGGUAGUGGGGGUAGGAGCUUUAUGCGUGUCCUUAGUUUAUGUGGUAGAACACAUGGGUACUGUUUUACAAUUGACAAUGAGUUUAGAAGCUAUCACCAACGGCCCCUUAUUUGGUAUUUUUACAAUAGGCCUGCUAAUGCCUUGGAUUAAUGGCAAUAGUGCUCUUACUGGUGGUAUCUUUGGUGUCAUGGCUAUGUCUUGGAUUAGUUUAAAUGCUCAAUGGGCUAUCGCUUCAGGAGCCAUCAAAUAUGAAACUAAACCUUUAACGGUAGAACAUUGUAAUUAUGACUAUGGUGAAACAUUACUGGAUCUAAAUCACAACUUUACAAUCUCUCGAGCAGGCAAGGAAGAUAUUUUCCCUUUAUAUCGCAUAUCGUACAUGUGGUAUACCGCUUUAGGAGCGUUAAUCACAAUACUAAUGUCGGGUGUUUGUGGUUGUGUUUUCGGUAGUAAUGAUCCCAGGAAAGUAGAUCCAACGCUCUUAGCGCCUAGUAUACGCAAAUUCUUCUGUUACACCGAAAAUAAAUUCAAUGCAAAGUCUUUAAAUAUAGACAUCCCAAUGAAGAAAUAUGCUAUAAGUGAUGACGUUGCUCUUUAAGUUUAAUUUUUUAUUUAUUUAUAUAA